AGUUAGAGAAUUCUCUCGCGAUUGACCUAUCUUUAGACAGAUCGAGUCCAUAGAUCCCCUGAUAGGUGUAGAGAGAGAGAGAGAGAGAGAGAGAGAGAGAGAGAGAGAGAGAGAGAGAGAGAGAGAGAGAGAGAGAGAUGGGCGACCCGUACUCAUCUCCGGUUGACGUCCCUGCGAGAGAAACCGGUCGCCGACCGGCAGUGGGUAGUCGUGGUGGAUUGCUCGGCUGUUGGGACAUGGCAUGCGAUCUGGCGAGCGAGAUCGGGAUCGGUAUGCCCGAGGUACAGUGGAUGCCGUCUUCUCCAACUGCAGGGUGGGUCAUCAACAAACUGAGUCAUCUGGCCCAUCAGCUGCCUCACUGGCCAAUGCUGGUACACUUGGCAUUCGCGAUCGUGAUGAUUUGGCUUGCUGGAUUUUAUCGCUUCAACCUCCCGUUCGUUGCCACGUGGGCGAUCAUCUACCUUUGGCGGGUGGACAGAUGCCAACGAGCUCGUGCAGCUGCAAAAGUGCGUGCAGAGGAGCGCAGGCGUUUCUACCAGAAGAUGCCGAUGGAGGAGUCAGAAACAGUGGUUUGGUUAAAUGUGUUGAUGUCAAGAAUCUGGCCAAUGUUCCUGAGGGAUUUGGUGCAAGAUGCAGUGCUUCCAGUCAUGCCAUUCUUCCUGGAGCGAUUCAAGCCCUGGACUCUAAGAAAAGCGGUACUGAAGAGCCUUAAGCUGGGGAGCAGCCCUCCUGUUGUCCUCCAGAUGAGAGUGUUCGAAGAACCCAACGAAGAUGACCAUGCGGUUGUGGAAAUGGUUGUGGAGUUCCUUGCUGCUGAUGACAUGGUAGCAGAGCUUCAAGCAAGAGUGCGCAAGAGAGUGGGCUUGGGUGUUUGGGCAACUGCAUAUGCUUCGGAUCUGCAUCUGGAGGGAAAAGUUCUUGUAGGGCUGAAGUUUUUGCCAGGAUUCCCAUUCAUUGAGAGGAUGAGGGUGUGCUUUGUCGAACGUCCAAAUUUAGAUGUCUCCGUCAAACCCCUUGUAAAUGCAGGCGUUGACGUCACUGAAAUUCCAGGCAUUUCGACAUAUGUGGACAGCAUUAUUGAUACGCUGUUUUCACAAGCACUUGUGAAGCCGAAUAUGGUGGUCGUAGAUGUGAAGAAGCUGUUGGCUAGGAAAUUUGGCAACCUUUUCCCGGAGCUGCAGCCGUUAUCUGAUGAUCUCGGCAUCAGAUUGGAGCAAGCGGAACCCGUUGCAUUUGCCAUCGUUGAGGUGUUGAAGGCCGAGAGUCUUACCCCGGCUGAUUCUAAUGGUUUAUCUGAUGUGUUUGUGAAGGGUGCAGUUGGGACAGCACGAUUUGAGACAUCCGUCAAGAAGAAGACCACAGAUCCGGAAUGGCUGGAGGAGUUUAGGGUGCCCAUUUUCAGUUGGAAGACCCCUAACCGGCUCAUUUUCCGAGUGCGAGACAAAGAACUUCUCAGAAGCAGCAAAAGCCUAGGUUAUGCGGCUGUUGACCUGUCUGAACUACGGGAUGGAUUGCGGCACGACAUGUGGCUUACGCUGAAAAACGUGAACAGAGGUCGGCUGCUGGUUGCGAUUACGAUCCAAGAUCAUCUUGGUAAACCGGAGAGGCCGCCUUCGGAAGAGUCGGAAGAAUCAUCGGACGAGGCAAUGGAAGAAAGUGGGACUUAUGUCAAGGAAAGGGAAAGCAGCUGGGACAACGAUAAAGGAUGCAAACAGGAGAAGGUGGAAGGGGACGCAGUAGGAAGUUUGUGGGAGGGUAUCGAUAUCGGCAUUGGUGACCAGAAUUUAGUUCGAGUAGAGCAUCCUGGUCGAGCACCCCCAGCGAGGGAGUACGAAGCAAGAGUGUGGCAAGGCAGAGAUAAAGAGGGCAAAGAAGCCAAGGCUAUAGAAACUGAGGAACGCUCUGAUGAAUUGGCACUGGCUGAGUCGCUAGAGGAAGAAGACCAGAAGCAUGGCCUGCAUAGAGACAAGUUGAAGACCAAAUUGAAAGGGGUGUUUAACAAACUGACAGGUAAGGGAGGAAAAAAGGAAUGGGAUAGAAAAAGCCCUGUCACAUACAUGGGACCCAAUAUCGAACACAUGCGCGAUUCCUCCGAUAGCAGAGAGGGCACAGACGACGCCUUCAAUGAAGAUAGCUUCAUAAGUAUGGGAGUGCUCGAGCGAGACAGUGAAAACUGGGACUCUGUGAAAUCAGAGGUACAGGCAGGUGUCACCGAUCACGAUGACACGAGGAGUGAUGCUGCGAAGGGGAAGAAGUCAGGUUACAGGAAGGGGAAGAUGAAAUCCAUGAUGAAAGGACUCUUGAAAGAUGUAAAGGCAGGAGUCUCUCAGGCAGUCAUACUCAAUUCACGGAGCAAGACCUCCACAGAUGCAGAGCAACGCCAUGGAAACAGGGACGACAGGAGGGCCAAUAUCACAACAACUGGCGACAAAGAUGGUCCUUUCCUCAAGCCAUCUCCGUGUAUGAAAGAUGCGCACUCAUUCCAGCACCCCUUUGGUAGACACACCGGAUCAUCUCCAUCUUCAUAUCCUCCUCCUCCCAGACCUUCGCCCAUUGAAGGCAACCUCGUAAACCCUGCAGUCAUGAACAAAGCCUAUCCUGAUGAGAAUGCAGUCAUGAACAAAGUCUAUCCUGAUGAGAAUAUGAGUGUGUCUGCUGUCGAUCUUAUUGGGAGGUUCGAUUCAGUUGGAGUCACAGCUGGCCAAGGAACAACAGUAAGAGAAAGGAAAACGACAGGUGUCAGUCCUUCCGGAACUCGUGGUACAUCGUGGGAGCCGCUAUCCGUCUCGCCUGGGAAGGAGAUGAAAGCACGAGAAGGGGACUCGGGAACUCGAGAUGCUGGUCCUCCUGGGGCAAGCUCAUCAUGGGACCGGUUAGUUGAAGCUGAGGUGGACCGUCUUUCUCUGGCAAGUGAAGGUGAAGCUUCAGAUUCAAGACCAGUGGUCCCUAAAAUAAUCAAGGUAUCUGGCCACAUGGAGGAGAAGGGGGACCAGUGACAUCUGAAGGAGGAUAAGAUGAGCAAAGGCAAAAGGAGCCAGACCGCAUCCAACAACAAAAUUGAGGACGAGCAGAAUAACAGGCAGGGAAUCGGAUCAAGUCACUUUCAACAACAAUUCAGUCAUCGAGACGACUAUGGCAAAGGACAGGCGCUGCCGAUCUUGACAAUGGUAGAAUGGGUGUGACAGUGUGACUGCUUUCGAUCAGCGGACCGUC